GAGAGAGAGAGAGAGAGAGAGAGAGAGAGAGGAUGGCGCAAAGUAGCAGGAAGAAGCCAAACAUACUGGUGACGGGAACCCCAGGGACGGGCAAGACGACCUUAGCGUCUCUGCUGGCCGACGCCACUCAGCUUCGCCAUACAAACGUCGGCGACCUUGUCAAGCAGAAGAACUUACACGAUGGUUGGGACGAUGAAUUCGAGUGUCACAUCAUCAACGAAGAUUUGGUUUGUGACGAACUUGAGGACAUGAUGGAAGAAGGGGGCAACAUUGUAGAUUACCAUGGUUGUGAAUUUUUCCCCGAGCGUUGGUUCGAUCAUGUUGUCGUCCUUCAGACUGACAAUUCUGUGUUGUACGAUCGAUUGAGUAGCAGGGGUUACAUGGGGACAAAGCUCACAAACAAUAUUGAAUGCGAAAUUUUUCAAGUGUUGCUGGAGGAAGCAAAAGCAUGCUACCCAGAGGACAUUGUGGUGGCAAUGCAGAACGACUGUGUUGAUGACAUAAGUAGAAAUGUUACCAUAUUGACAGAAUGGGUGAGAAAUUGGCAGCCUGCUUCAUAAGCACAUUAUCAUUGCCAUUCCAGGCUUGUUCUUCAUCGAUAACAUCUAAAGGAGCUUCAAUGACUUGUUUCCUCUGCUUGAGAAGAUGUGUACAUGGAAGAUUUUUAGGAGAGAUGCCUCGUUAUCAGGUUUUGUUGCCUUUGAGAAUAAGUUUACUUGAUCUUACUUUAGUCAAAGAUUUCUAAUCUUGGGAAAAGUGAAUAUUGCAUUCAGUUUUAAUAGAUAAGGGGAAAAACUCUACAUCUUUUAUAUUGGAUC